ACUCACAACAUCACACCUCACCUCCUCCAAGCUCCAUACCCAUUUUUUUCUUUUCUCAGGCAAUCUCAUCACCAAUAAUUCAUUAGUCAAUAUUACCCUCAUAAGUCAUUCAUUAUUAGUUCCCCUAUUCUCUCACCCAAAUAACAGUGCCCUAGAAACAAGAAAACAAAAAUCACACAUGGAGUACCCCCAUGGACGCCACCACGGCGGCCACCACCGGAGAGAUGAGGAGGAAGAAGGCCAAUACGGGCACCCGCCGUCCUUAUUCGGCGGCGACGCACCUCCGCCGCUCUUCUUCGGAGGAAACGCGCCCCCUCCGCCCUUCUUCGGCGGAGACGCGCCCCCGCCGCCCUUCUACGGAGGAAACGCGCCACCGCCGCCGCCGCAGGUGUACCACACCUCCCACAUGGGCCCGCCGGGUCCUGCCGCUGCGGAACACCCCCAUCACCGUCCCCACAUCCCGCCGACCGCCGACUACCACCACCAUACGGAGGACGAGCUCAGCAACAAGCCCUCGGUCAAGAUGUACUGCAAGGCGGACACAAAUUAUGCUCUCACCAUUCGUGAUGGGAAAGUCGUUCUUGCACCCGCCGAUCCAUCUGAUCCUCGACAGCAAUGGAUAAAAGAUGAGAAAUUUAGUACGAGGGUGAAGGAUGAAGAAGGUUUCCCAAGCUUUGCUCUGGUCAAUAAGGCCACUAGGCAGGCCAUCAAACACUCUAUUGGCGCCACUCAGCCUGUCCAGUUGACGGACUAUAUUGCCAACGGAUUUGAUGAAUCAAUUUUGUGGACUGAAAGCAAGGACUUGGGAGAUGGUUACCGAGCAGUAAGGAUGGUUAGCAACAUUCGCCUUAACAUUGAUGCUUUCAAUGGAGACAAAAAUCAUGGAGGAGUUCGUGAUGGCACUAAUAUUGUCCUUUGGGAGUGGAAAAAGGGUGAUAAUCAACGCUGGAAGAUUGUUCCCUACUAAAUGCAAUUAUGUCUGGAUUAUUAUGAUAUUUGGAGGGAGAAAGCAGCUGUUUCGUUUGUUGGCUUUGUGUUAGUGUGAAAAUAACAAGCUUAUACGGCACUUUGGUGCUGCGCUUGUGUGGCUCGAGUUGUGUUAAUAAAUUGGAGGAACUUGGUGUUCUGUGAAGUGGUUUGUACUCGAAAUUUAAUUGUGUUUCUCUUUAUCGUGUAUUCGUAUGAAGCUUAUUUAUCUUGAUGUGUUGUUUUUAUGAGAUCACCUGGUGAGAGUAGAUUUAAGUGAUUUCUCAGAGGCAAACGAGGCUGUAAGAUGGGUGGGAAAAAUACUUUUAAUACACAUUGAUGGAUGAUUAUUAAGAUUUACAGGUUUUGUUGAUUACAAGCUUUAAUUUUAUGAUUUCUUUAGGGGUACUGUACUUUCCUUUUCUAAAUCGAGGAGGUUUAUUUGCUAAUUAAGGGAAGGGAAUAAAUUGCACCUUUGUAAUCG